AACGAACAACGACCGACGAUUAACGAUUAAAAUUAAGCGUAACAGCAAACUAUUUCAUACUGAAGUUGGGGGAAGUGUUUAGAAUAUAUAUACAUACAUAUUUUUUUGUGUACCUCAGCCGUCAGCAACAGCAACUGCAACAACAACAAAAGCAACUUUAAUAACUGGCCUAAGUCUUACAGUCGACAACGACGACGAGAAAAAGGAGACGAGCAAAGUCGAGUCGAGUCGAGCAAACCAGUGAGAAUCAGGAAAGUAAAGGCAACGAAAGGAAAGCAAAGUAAAGGAACUCAAGUUUCUUCCAGUCGAGCAAACAGGCGAAACACACACAAAGUCAAUCCUCGUCGAAAGAGAAGGGAGAGAGUAAAGUGAAGCCAGCCAGGAAGACAAGCCAAAGCUAAAGCCAAAGUCAAACAGCAGCAUCAACAGCAACAACAACAAGCAACAGACGAAAUGGCCGCAGUACAACGAAAACUGGUGCACAAGCAAUUCAACUCGCCCAUGGGCCUUUACUCCCAGGAGAAUGUAAAGGCCACGUUGAAUCGCGAACUGAAGGCCUUCGGUGGCGAGGGGAUUGAAGUGGAUGACCAAAUUUCAAAGCCCCUAAAUCUGGCCAAUUCGGCCGUUCUCCGUGCCGUCGAGGAGGAGGAGCAGCAAGUCAAAUGCGAUUUUUAUGCAAACAAAAGGCAGAGUCGUUCACGGCAACGUGAAGGCGAUGCCCAGCAUCCACACCAUGCCCUGCAUCAGCAGCUAUUGGAUCAGAUAAAGACCCAGUAUCUCAGCCAUCAACAGGACAUUACCAUUGACAGGGAUACGGUGCUCAAAAUCAAUCGUAUGGCCACGAAAAGAAGUCUACUAAAGCGAGAUCACAGCUGGCCACCAUUGGAGGCUGAAACUUCAAACGGAAAUGUAACCAAUUCCAAUCCCAAUACCAGUCAGCCCAAUCCAAUGCACAGCAUUGAGUUAUUACGGGAGAAAUUCAAUAGUCCAACACGAAUUGUAGAGCCUACUGCCAAGCAAGUGAGAGAGCAACGCCAGCGUGAAGGACGUCCAACAGCAACAGCAACAACACCUAACACCGCAUCCAUGAAGAGUGUGGAUCAUAUUUUCCAUCCAACGCCAAUGGCGAAAGGAUUCUCUGCACCAGAGACAAGGGCGGCUGAUGUGGAUUUGGGUUUAGUGGCACCGCGAUGCGAGUAUUACGAGCAAUUGGCACAAAAACGACCAGGAACACCACCCACACUGACCACGCCUACACCCUAUCGGCCACGGCCCAAGCGUCAGUCGUACUCCCUGGAUCGUGGACGUAGCAGAAAACGUGCUGUGGCAUUGGGGAAUGGGGCUCCCGAGUUGCCACCACCAAAACCGCGACCAGCCCGUCCGAAAGUGCAACGACGAUGCAUUAAAUUGGCCACCGAACUGAAAAUCUCCUAUGACAACGAUGGCAACGAUAGCAACGAUGAGGAGCAGCCCAAGGUUGAUGUUGACUUGGAGGCCAUACCGUUGCCACCAACACCAACACCAGCAGCUGCCGCUGCCAGCCCCAAAUCACUCGAGACACCGCCGGGCGAGAGAUUGCCAAAAAAAGUUCCCUCGACAACAAUAAUUGACAGCCUGGCAGUUAAGAAGCAGCAGCAGAUGGCUCUGGCUUUGGCCCACUCUGGUGGUGGGGCCACUGCUCGAAUUAUACCAGUUCGCGUUGAAACGUCGUCCGAUCCCGGCCAACAACUCAGUGCUCAGCAAAUUUAUGACGAGGCCUGCAACUAUUUGCAGGAUCAGGAGCAGGAGAUGUCAAAUGCACAGGAUAUGGCGAAUGCAACCUUUGUGAGUGCCGCCAGUGGCAUUAAGUUGCAGCAACCGGGAGCUAAAAGUAUACCCACUCCGCCGCCAUUGCCACCGCCACCGUCACCGCCACAACAUCAGCCAUUGCCACAGAUGAGGGCUAAAUCCACUGCCACCGACGAUGUAUCCCGUCGGCAAGGACGAAUCUAUAGCCAAUCUAAAUGUGAAACGGAAACGGCUAAGGAGAAACAGCAUGAGGCUCAUGUGGAGAUUGCCCAACUUGAGGCAAAAUAUGCACAUAUACAGCAAUCCAUAGCCGAGCAUCUGCGUCAGAUUGAUGCUUAUAUGGAGAAUGCCAAGAAUGCAUUGCAGCGAAGUGUUCAGAGUACACCCACAAGCACACCAACACCGCCAUCAGUCGCAGCAGCAGCCGGAGCACCUCCACCUCCACCGCCACCUCCAACCCCACCUCAAUCAACAGCAGCAGCAGCAGCAGCAACAGAAACUCCGAAACCUUUGACCAAAGCAAAUAACGAAUUAUGGGACAUGUUCGCCUCACGACAGUCACCCAUUUUGGCUGUGGAAAGUCCCCUUCAGGCAAUACUACGACAAAUUUAUUGCCGAGCAGGUGGCCUAACUGGCGGAGUCUGUAAACAAGAACAGACGAAUAUAUCGGACAUGGUAAGUGAACAGGUCUCUGUGGCCGAAAACGUGCCAAUUGUGGAACGAGCCCUGGAGGAUCUGCAUCGUAUUGCCGUGGCAUUGGACGAUGCUUCGGUAUUGCACGUAGAGCACAAGACGACGCCAGCUGCCGAUGAGGCACAGCACGUAGUUAUUGAAGAAGAAUUGGAUGAGGAUAACAAGAAUGCCCCAAUAGAUGUGGAAUACAGACAUGUGUCCGAUGUAAUUGCAAACUACGAGCAAUUGUCCACAGGCAAGAGCACAUUGACACCUCGCCUCGACACAGAGGAGAUGCCCGAGAAACAGGAACCACAAUCCGAAGGCGAACACAAACACGAAGCUGCCGGCGAAGCCGAAGGCGAAUCUGAAUCCGAAUCCUGCUCCCAUGAGCCACACACUUGCUGUUCGAUUUGUGGAGAGCUACGAAACUCACCCAAUUGGUCGAAGCUAAGCAAGGCCGAUCAAUGGCGCAUCGCCAAUUUACGUAACGAAUCGCUAGAGAACUACAAGGCCACCUAUGAGAUACGUAGUCCUUAUAUAUCACGACAAAUAUCAUGGGAGGAGACACAAACGGUUGCUCCGAAAACAGAAACACAAACUCCAACAGCUCAAAAAGCGCCAUCGACUCCACCACCAGCUGACCAAAAGCGGGAGAAGAUGCAACGUCAGCGUAGUUUUGUCGAGAUUAUAACGACACCAAUUGAACCGUCAAUAGACAAUCUCGCAUUAUCCAAUGAUGCCAUUCAAUGGCAACGUAGUCGUUCGCCAAGUCCAUUGCCAUCACGCAAAUAUCCGGCUCCACUUAUUGAAGCUCCACAACGUGCCAGUUCGCCGUUCGGUUUGAAUCCUGUCCACCGUUCAAAAUCUCCCACUGCGCCAGCAGAAAAGCUUGAAGCCAAAUUCACACAUAUACCACAAUUGGAGGGACAGAAUAUAGGUCUUCUGGUCCAUACAGCCACCGAGCCCCUGCAGCAAAGUAUGUCGGCGUCAUCCUCAAUGUUGGCAGGGCCAAUCACGCCACGAUCACUUACUAACCAGCCAUCGCCAUUCAUAUUUCCGAGCCUAAAGCAAAGUUGCAUGGCCAAAGAGCAAGAGGAGGAGGAGGUGGAAGUGGAAUCAGAGGUUGAAGUGGAGCGGCAACAUCAAUUUAAAUCUUUAGCUUCUACCAAUGAGGAACUGCAGCAAUCUACACGAGAGUUUAACUUUAAUCGUUCAUUCGAUAAUGUAUCACCGCGUCCUUAUAUUGCCAUUGAAGGUUACAAGCGUGUUGCUUGGCCGCCAGCCUCGGAGGAGCGUAUUAUUCGUGAAUUUACGCCCCAGCCGCAGUCUCAAAGCCCAGCUCCAGGCAGCGGUGGUUAUUAUCCCCAGCAACAGGCUGCAGCUGCAGUUCCAGUUGCCCCAGCAGCAACUGCUCCACCAUCAGUUCAGGCCCAGUUCAAUAGGCAACCUUCGAGGGAGCCUUCCAAUGUUCCCCACACAUAUACGCAACAGCAACAACAGCAGCCCCAGCACCAGCAGCAAUAUCAUCAGCAGCAUCAGCAGCAGCAACAGCAGCCGCAACAACAAUACCAACCACAAGGAACACAUGAACCAAUCUAUGCUGUAGACAAUGCAGGCGGUGGCUGGAAGCAUAUUGGUGCUCCAUUGCCAAAAACUCAAAACGAAUUCACUGCUGGCGGUGCAUCUCCUGGAGCAACAACAUAUCCGCCAUUCCAACAACAACAGCAGCAGCAGCAGCAACCAUAUCAACCAUAUCUACAGCAGCCACCUCAACAUCAACAACAACAACAACCACCACAACAGCAGCCACCACAACAACAACAAUAUGGUGCACCAUCAUACAACAAUUAUCAACAACAACCACAGCAGCAGCAGCAGCAACAACAUGCUGCUCCGGUUCCACAGUGGCAGCAACAGCCGCCACAGCAGCAAUAUCAGGCACCCUAUCAGGCGCCUGCUCAACAAUCGGUUCCUCAAUGGGCGCAUCAGCAACCUGCAUAUCAAGCGUCGCCCUAUCAGCAGCAACAACAAGCACCACCACAGCAAUAUCCACAACAAAAUGGUGGCUCAAACUAUGCUCAACCCCAAUACAAUUCUUAUUCGCAGCCCCAGCAUCAACCUUACUCGCAGGAUCAAACCGAUUUGCAGCAGCAGCAAUCUGUUCCCUAUGCCGGACAGGAUAGCUAUCGUGGCGCCAGUCCUGGCAUUAUCACCCUACGCAAGGAGGCGCCUGUCUCGCAGCAGCCUGCGCCAGUUUACACUUCGCAGCCAGCCGCCGUCAGCUAUCAGGGAGGCAGCAAAUUGCGCGGAGAUUUGAAAUGGCCACCACCAGAGUACAAGGAGGCUGCUGCUCGUGAAAAUGAGGAACGACGCCAAUUGGCGUUGGGCCCCGUUUGCCGUCCCAGAAGAAUCAAUCGGGACUAUACAAAUUUCUUUGCCCAACACCAACUGAACAAUGCUUAUCCUAGCUACAAAGUACCACCAGGUACUCAACAUAUGUUCGCUUAAGUUGGCGGCAUAAUGGAUCCGAAAGCCAAAUCAAACGGAUUCCAUAAAUGAACAAUGAGAAAAGGAAAAAAAAAUAAUACCACAAAAAAAACAAAAAUUCAAUGGAACCCACUUCAUAAAAACAAAACACUUAAAACGAUCAUGGAUAUGUAUACUAAAACGACAACUAACGAAUGAAACUACACACACUAUAUAUAUAUAUAUACAUACAAUAUAUUAUACUUAUAUAUCGUAUAUUGUUUAAAAACUAAUUUACUAACGAAAUCUAUUCAAUGUAUAACUACUAUUGAAAUCAAAAACGAAAACGAAUAUCGGGCCAUAUUAGGUCAUUAGCUUUUAAUCACAAAAAAUGCAAUCAAACGAGGAGCACAUAGAACCCAUGUCUUGUCGCCCCAAAUCAUUGAAUGGAUAUAGAAAAGGAAUAGAUAUACAUAUAUACGUCUAUUAAUUAAAUCCAACGGCAAGACAUGGACUUAGUAAGUAAAAAUACCUCAAAAAAAAAAAAA